GCGAAAAGGAGACAAGACACUGAAAUAAAAGAAUGAACAGGCAAGCGAGAAUUGGAACUUCUGCGCAGCGCAUCAACGGAGCGUCUCGGACUCUUCCAACGUGGCGACUUUCUUCCUUUAUUUUGCGACGCUGAAGGCACAACAAAAAAUAUUUCAAGAUGACAGAUGGAAUGCUCUCCUUGUCGUGGAACAACCACAAAGCAACCUUUUGUCACAUCCUCUCCACACUAAGAGAAAAGGAGAGAUAUACAGAUGUCACAGUGGCAUGCGAAGGCAAAUUUUAUCCAGUACACAAGUUGGUUUUGUCAACUUGUAGUGAAUACUUUGAGAAGAUGUUUGACAACACACCUUGUAAGCAUCCAGUCAUUGUACUAAAAGAUGUAUUACCUGAUGAAUUGGAGGCUCUUUUAAGUUACAUGUAUGAUGGUGUUGUUAGUGUAGCGCAGAAUGAUCUGGCAAGACUAAUAAAGGCUGCAGAAUUGUUGCGGAUCAAAGGCCUAGCUGUGCCUGAUGAACCCCCAAAGCCAGAAGGGAACAGGAGAAAAUCCAUGCAGUCUAGAAAUGCCUCAGAUGACCGAAGCAGUCCACAUCCAAAGCGAAGAAAAGGCGAUGAGAGCAGCACCGCCUCCCAACGUAAUGCCCCAGCAGCAGCUUCUCCUCCCUCAUCCCCUCGAGUCUCACCUUUCCAAGGAGAUAGUGAACAGCAAGGAAGCAGCAGAAUUCAGCAGGAUAGUCACUGGAUGGAUCAGAGAGAUGACCCAAAGGCAGACCAUGCACAGGAAGACAGACUUGACAAUCACGCCUCUUCUCAAUCUCCGUCUCCAAAAGUACAGGUAUUAGUCGAUGAAACGCUAGUCAAAGAAGAAAUGGAAGAACCUAUUAGUACCAACCAAGAUGAUGGGAUGGACUAUGGAUCUCUAGGAAGCGACUCCAGAUUAGAGGGCUCGUGUGGUGGUGAAGGAGACGAUAAUGCUAGUCUGAUGAUACCUAACAAAUACGAACAAAAUGUUGCCACAUCUCAAGCGCAGCCCCUUCCAGAGGCUGUGGUGGAGGCACUAGCUGGACCCUCAGGGAUGCAGGGGUGGCUCGGAGGAUGUGAUGUCCCCGGCGGGUUUUCGGGCAUGGAAGGCUACAGUGGGGACGGUAGCCAGGAUGUCCACCAGCCCCCACAAGGUCCUGCAGGAGCACAAGCACAGCAAGCACACCAGAUGAUUAUGCUGAACUGCGAUGAUGAACAAAGGACAGGGAGAGGUGGCGACUCAGGCCUCAGGUGCAAGACCCACCAUUGUCCAUACUGUUCUUACAGCACCACCAAGACUACAAACCUUAAAAACCACAUCAGGGUCCAUACUGGUGAAAGGCCUUUUACCUGCCCUCAUUGCUCAUAUAGAGCAAAACAAGAAAAUAAUUUGAAGUCACACAUUCGCAGGCACACAGGGGAGAAGCCUUAUGCCUGCACUUAUUGUCCAUACCGUUCCAUAAAGAUCAGCACACUUAGAAGGCACAUGCAGACUCACCGUUAUGGAAGUUCGCCAUCUUAGAAUCAAGGCAAUGGUCAUAAUGUUGAUGGUUAGCGUACUUCUUUUUGUUUAUCCACAGACAUGGACUUUGCUUAUAAUCCAUUGUGUAGGGGGACAAAAUAUGAAUGUGAUGAUACUGAUUUGUAUUGCUUUUAUUUAUUAGAGAAGUCAUAGUUAGGAGUUUAGUAAUGGUAGAGUUCCUUUUGUAGUCAUUAUACAUCCUCAUAUGGUUGAUUUGAUAUACAUCACUCUCAAGAUAUUAUUAUACAUAGGUGUCAUUUGUUUAAUUCAAGACUUCCACAAAAGAGUUCCUGAAUACUGUAAUGCUUCAGAAUAUUCCUUUUUUAGUCAUUUCCAAAAGAGGAUAGGCAUUUACCAUCAAGAGGGUAAUGGCCAGCAAUAUCAGUAUUUAAGAAUCAUAGAGGUAAAACACAGAAUAGUAAAUGCCACAACCAUGAUCAGAGCAGUAGUUCUUCACAUAUGUAAGGAGUUACAGAAAAUGUAUUUUCUUUGGAUAUACUUUAGUACAGCAUUUUAACCCUGUUAGCAGUCUUACUCUUACAUUAAGGAAAUUAUUAGGAUAAGUACAGGUGAUACCCUUUUUGCAUUAUGAGAAUGUAUUUAUGUUAGUAAUGACAUUGUUUUGAUGCCAAAUGUCUAAUUAAAUGACAGAAUUGGCCAAGAGGAAAUGUAGAAAUAUUAUCAUCACAUACAAUAUUAAUUCUAGAAGGAAUGUGUUUUUCUUGUCAGAUACUUUACUUUGUAUUAUAUCUAUGAACUAGAAGUGUAAAAGAACAAAAUGUUUGAUAGAAAGAUUCUUUUAAAGAAAUAUAUAUACUUAGCAUUAUUAUCAUUUUAUUGUUAUACAUUAGAGCAUUUAAUAGGAGGAAAAAUGUCUUGGAAAGAAAAAAACAAUUGUACAUGUAUUUCCCCCCUCCCCCC